GCGGCAGCAGAGGCGGGAAUUCAUCCAGGAAGUGGCUGAAAAUCAAUUUCCACCAUCGCAUCGUUUCUAUCCCGUUCACCAUGAAUCCGCUAACGAAGGUGAAGCUGAUCAACGAGCUGAACGAGCGUGAGGCGAGUCUCGGGGUGAACGAGUCCGUUUCCUGGCACACGGAGUACAAAGACAGCGCCUGGGUGUUUGUCGGAGGAUUUCCAUACGAGCUGACUGAAGGAGACAUCAUCUGCGUCUUCUCUCAGUACGGAGAGAUCGUAAACAUCAACCUGGUGCGAGACAAGAAGACGGGGAAGUCCAAAGGUUUCUGCUUCAUCUGCUUCGAGGACCAACGCAGCACCGUCCUGGCUGUGGACAACUUCAACGGCAUCAAGAUUAAAGGUCGGACAAUUCGUGUGGAUCACGUUAAAGACUACCGCCCCCCCAAAGACUCGGAGGACAUGGACGACAUCACCAAGAGUCUGCGGGAGGAAGGCUGCGCCCCUAAAACACACAUGUCCUCCUCAGAGGAAGAGGAAGAGGAAGAGGAGCAGUACAACAUCCCCGUGAAAAAGUCCAAAAAAGACAAGAAAGAGAAGAAGAAAAAGAAGAAGGAGAAGAAGGAGAAGAAGAAGGACAGGGCGACGUGCUCCUCCUCUUCCUCACCACCUCCUGCUGUCAGAGUCAAAGAGGAGAAGGAGGACGGCGCCUACGACAAGUACAACCAGAGGGGGGCGCCACCGGGAGAGAACGGGGAGAGAGCGAGGGAGGAGAGGAAGAGGGAGGGAGACAGGAGGAGGGAGACAGACAGGGAGAGGGAGACAGACAGGGAGAGGGAGACAGACAGGGAGAGGGAGAGGGAGACAGACAGGGAGAGGGAGACAGACAGGGACAGAGAGGGAGACAGGGAGAGGGAGACAGACAGGGAGAAGGAGACAGACAGGAGGAGGGAGACAGACAGGCAGAGGGAGACAGACAGGGAGAGGGAGACAGACAGGCAGAGGGAGACAGACAGGAGGAGGGAGACAGACAGGCAGAGGGAGACAGACAGGCAGAGGGAGGGAGACAGGAACUUUGGGAGGAAAAGAGAAUUUGACCGCGACAGAGAGAGCGACAGAAGAAGGGAGACAGACAGAGCGAGAGAGGGAGACAGGAGGAGGGAGACAGACAGGGACAGAGAGGGAGACAGGAGGAGGGAGACAGACAGACGUAAACACUGAGGCUGGAGGAAACUGAAAACAUUUCUCUCGUUUGUGAUUUAACAGGUGAAAAAAACGUAAUCUUUGAAUUUGGGUUAAAUUUUCAAAAAAUGAGGAAAUAAUAAAAAUCUUUUUCUUUAAAUGUAUUUAAAAAUGUUUCCAGGUUAAAUAAAAAGUAUAAAUGAA